UCAUUUUACGAAUUAAUACAUUUUACAGCUUGUGCUUGAUCUGCUAAGUUUUCGUAUUUGUGUCUAUGUAUUGUUUUUGUUCCUGGUAGUGCAGUCGCAGUAUUUUCGGAAGCAGGCUUAGUUAAAUAACUGACAUCGAUGAUAAACUUGGUCUAAAUAAACACCAAAUUCGCAGAAUUACCAGAAUUAAAUAUACAGCUGCUAAUUUAUAAAGUUUUUUAUUGCAUCAUAUUGAACAACAAACAGAACAUAAAAUUAAAUGUAUUCAUAUAAUGACGUCAAACAAUACAUUUACUAACUUAUUAAGUUAUGUAACUUAAAAACUGUCUACAUCGGAAUACGGCACAACUGUCUACUAUCCAUUACGGCACAAAUUUGGAAAACUUUGGACAUGUUCGAUGAUCGUAAAAUGUCAAAGGGAUGUUCAGCUCCGGGUUGUCGCAGUAUACUGACAGUUGCCGUCGUCGUCUCCCUGAGCUUAUUUUUCUUUUUCUGGACUUUACCUCUGACCUACUGUCCACCUCAACUUCCUCAAUUCAAUCAACUCUCAGAUGGACAACAUGAAGAGAAGAACAACUCAAUUGCUGAAGAAACAGUGGAGAAACCUGUACUUUUGUUAUGGGUCUGGCCUGAAAAUUACCGAUUUGAUCUGAGUGACUGUAAAACCAUUUACAAUAUUGAUGGCUGUCACCUGACGGACGAUAGAGCUCUCUACAGCAGUUCAGACGCUGUCCUUGUUUUUCACAAGGCUAUUCGUUGGGACCUGUCCACCCUUCCACCAUCUCCUCGUCCCUCGUUCCAAAAGUGGAUCUGGCUUAAUGUAGAAUCUCCAACAAACACGCAGAAAAUUCCAGGGAUUGAAAACCUCUUUAAUCUGACUCUCAGUUAUAGAGAGGACGCUGACAUUCCUGUGCGGUUGAGACUGACAGGCAACAAAACUCCAAAUGAGGAUUUUAAAAUUCCCAAAAAGGACAAACUGGUCUGUUGGAUCGUAAGUAAUAAUGCUGCCCAUACAGGUGUCGGCAGGAGGAACGCUUACUACAAUGAACUUAAAAAACACGUCAAUAUACAUUUGUUUGGAAAAGCGUACGGAACGUUCCUGGAUUAUAAAGACUAUUAUCCCACCAUAGCCAGCUGCAAGUUUUAUCUGUCUUUUGAGAAUUCCAUUCACAAGGACUACAUCACAGAAAAGUUCAAUGGACCUCUGUCAGCAGGUACUGUACCUGUGGUGCUGGGACCUCCCAGAAAGAACUAUGAGAGGUUUGCACCGGGUGAUGCCUUCAUUCACGUGGACGACUUCCCAGACGCAAAGUCACUGGCAGAAUAUCUGAUGCAGCUGGACAGAGAUGAAGAUGCGUAUCGCAGGUACUUUAACUGGAGGAGACAUUUCUCAGCACGACCUCAUUUAAUAGUACAGAAUCAAGAGUUUGUUCUGGCCAUUUGCACGGCCUGCGAUCAUGUAGCGAGACACAAGGAAUAUCAAGAAGCUCAUGAUAUCUAUGAAUGGUUUUUUAACUAAUUUUCGAUCAUCUCAGGUUUUGGAGUUUGGUUUUGCUGUUUGGUGCUAAUUGGUGUUAAAACUGUUUUUAAGUGCAGAAAUAUUGUUAUUGAACAGACGAGUUUAGACCUGUAUGAAUUUCCUGUACUAAAACUGUUAUUGUUGUUGCAUCCAACUUUAUACUAUUUUAUUUUAUUCAUUCAAUUUUUUAUUUGACAUGCUUUAAAUAAAUACAUUCCAAAAUGAA